AUGUCUAAACCGUUGCCGCCCACCGUCGCCAACGAGCUUGGUAUCGCCACGUUAUCUCUCGGCAACUGGAGAGAGCAUCGACUACAAUCCCGCCUCGAAGCAGCUGCUAAAGCAGGUUAUCGAUGGAUUGACCUUUUUGACGAGUGCUGGGAGAACUAUCUUGAAGAACAUGGCUUGCCAGGGGACCAAAUGUGGGAAGCAACACCAGAAAACUUACAAGUCGCCCGCAAGCUCGGCAACCUGGUGAAGUCCUUGGGAAUGCGCAUUGCCUGUACACAACCCCUCCGCAAAAUCGAGGGCAUUAAAGAUCCAGUAGAGCGCCGCGCAACGUUAGACUUGGUCGCCAAGCGUUUCCCUUUCAUGCGGGCUUUCGACACGGAUCUUGUCUUUAUGUGCGCUAACAUCCGCACCGACAGUGGAGUUACGUCUGAUCUCAAUACGGUUGCAAAGGACUUAGCCGAGCUUGGUGACAUGGCAGCGGCCUUUACAAAGGCAGACGGCGGGCCAAUGUUGAAAAUUGGCUACGAAGGCCUCUCCUGGGCCGUACGGAACACCUGGUCAUCCUCAUGGGAGGCAGUGCGAUUCGCAAAUCGUCCCAACGUCGGCCUAAUUGUCGACGCCUUCAACAUCCUCGCCGUCGAAUUUGCGGACCCUCACAACCCCGACGGACAUGGGCGGAUAUUCCCCACUCUUGGAGAAUCCAUCGAGGUUCUCACUGCUUCCCUUGCGGCUAUGGUCGCGACGGUUCCGGGUGAUCGGAUUUUCUUUUUCCAAUGCGGCGAUGCGGAGCUCAUGAAUCCUGCGACUAUUCUUUCGACAGAGCCCGAUAUACCGGCUCGCCUUCCAUGGUCUCGAGGCCAUCGUCUCUUUCCACUCGAACAAUCUCGGGGUGGCUAUAUGCCCGUUGAGUUGGUUGCCGCUGCUGUACUUGCAACCGGGUACCAGGGCCCGAUUUCAUUGGAGGUCUUCAAUUACUCAUUGAACCAGCCUGGGGAGCACAUUCCAGAAGCUCAUGCUGCGCGCGGAAUGUGUGGACUGCGUAAGCUUAUCGCGGUUGCAACGGCGUUGCCCCCUUUCUGGAGCGGUUGGUUAGAAGCUCGGAAAGCUGUAGACAUGGUUGUCCAGCGGCUGCGCUCAAAUGCUUCGCGAUUAUAA